UUCUUACAGUACCAGGAAGUGAACGGGACAGUUGGCUAACAAGCUACCGUAGUCAGAAACCGUCAAGAGUUUUCAGAAAUUUACCAGGAUAACUGUAAGAUAAUAAAACAAAGUUGUAUACUGUGGGAAGGAGGAACGUACAAGGGCAGAGUCGUGUGGCAAAAUCACGACCAUGGUACUGCUGCGAGAUUUAUACAUGCCACUUAUUGCUGUCAUAGCGCUGGUAUCUUUUUGCGACGCAAGAAUACACCAACUUACUCUAAAGAAUGAAACGCGUUCCAUCAUCCACCUUAACACAUUUGGUUUCAAUGCCAACGGCACUCUGGAGUUCCAGCUAGUGUCUCUCCGGCUGUCACCAGCUCACCUGAAGGCUUCAACUACAUUCCAGAUUGGAUUCAGCCUGGCCAAAUCACGAGUGAAUGGUGUCCUCGCAUACAAUGGAGAGGAAGCAGAGUCAUGUGUGCCACAGGAGAAGACGAACACAGCAGAACCUCUUGCCGUCUUCGCCAUCCACACCAACGACCCGCCGAGAGUGGAGCUGAAGCUUUCUGGUGAGGGGCAGGACAGUGUUCUGACGGCCUUCAUCGAGAACGAGAAACAUGGAGACACCACUAAAGAUACUGGAACCAGGAAGAAGAGGCAAGAAGAUGCACAGGAGAAGAAGCCCAACCCGGUCAUCUCCAUAGGGACCAAGCCUGCUGACAAAGCUGUUGACCAGAGGGACGGUGACGAGAAGAAGGCCCCGGAUGCGCCAGCUGUUCCUGGGAAGGAAGGAAAAGAGGAGAAAAGAACGCCUCAAGACAUACAGCUGAAAGACUUGACCAAAGCCAUCACCAUCACCCUGUCCAAAAAUGGAGAUGACUACAGCUUCAGCUUCAACAUGACGUUUGGUGCCUUGGCUGAGGGUCUGUACAACCUUAACUUCCACAACUGUUACAACCGGCUCCCUGCCAACCCACUGCCAUACACCCUCAGCGUGAAGAUCGUUGAGAGGAACUUGGGUGGUUUCCUGUCGGCGGCUGAGAUCCCGCUGCCCCGCCUCUACAUCAGCAUGGCUGCAGUGUUCUUCACCGCCGCACUCAUCUGGGUCUACACGCUCAUGAAGCACAGGUACAGCGUGUUUAAGAUCCACUGGCUCAUGACUGCACUGGCUUUCACGAAGGCCAUCUCUCUGGUGUUUCACAGUAUAAACUAUCACUUCAUCAAUACUGAGGGUCACCCCAUUGAAGGCUGGGCUGUCAUGUACUAUAUCACUCACUUACUGAAGGGGGCGCUGCUUUUCAUCACGCUGGCUCUCAUUGGCACUGGCUGGGCCUUUGUCAAGUACAUCCUGUCCGACAAGGAGAAGAAGAUCUUCAUGAUAGUCAUUCCACUGCAGGUCCUGGCCAACGUGGCCUACAUCAUCAUUGAGUCAACAGAGGAAGGCUCCAGUGAGUAUGCCCUGUGGAAGGAGAUCCUCUUCCUGGUCGACCUCAUCUGCUGCGGAGCUAUCCUCUUCCCAGUCGUCUGGUCCAUCCGCCACCUCCAGGAGGCCUCCACCACUGAUGGCAAAGCUGCCAUGAACCUUGAGAAGUUGAAGCUCUUCAGGCAUUACUAUGUCAUGAUUGUGUGUUAUAUCUACUUCACGCGGAUCAUCGCCAUUCUGCUGAAGGUGACCGUGCCGUUCCAGUGGCAGUGGUGCUACGAGUUCCUGGUGGAGGUGUCCACCCUGAUCUUCUUCGUGCUGACGGGCUUCAAGUUCCGGCCGGCCUCCAACAACCCUUACCUGCAGCUCCCACAGGAUGAGGAGGACAUGGAGAUGGACGAAGUUUUGACAGAAUCCGGCGCGCUCGAGGGCAUCACCAAAGUGAAGAAGACGUCCAACGCUCGCGAGCGACAGAGAGAAGCCACCUUAUGAGAGCCGUGCGCGCCGCUCCUGGGUCCCGUUUGAGCUCCGCCCACGGGCGCACAGGGGGAGGAGUCUGGACUCUUGUACCCGCGCCCCCCCCCACCCCCCCCCAACCCUUGUGACCAUUCCUGCUGACGGUCACCACCAUGGCAGCUGUCAUGGCCAACCGCAGCGUCGCUAUGCAACAACAACAACAAACAACAACAACAACAAUAACUACUACUACUAACGAGACGUAAAGAGCAGAACAGUGAAAAGAUCGACGGAGUUAAUGAUAAACGAGCGUCUUCGUUUUGGGUCCCUUCUCCCUAUAGCUUUGAGACACAGUUAUACUAGCCUUUCACACGACCCACCCCACCCCCACCCCCUUUGUGAUGGCUUGCAGUGGUUCAUUCCAGAGACUGUGCUCCCCCUUAAAACCUUAUGAAUGGUAUGGACCAAGGUGGAGAUGGACUUGUGGUGGUGUUUUUUUCUCUCUUUUGUUUUUUUUCUGUUUUGUUUAUUUUUAUUAUUAUUUUUUAUUUAUUUCUGUUUUUUUUUUUUUUUUAGUCUCAUAGAAUUUCACCCGUUUAUCUUUGUUUCUCUUCUCCCUUCUCUUCCUUUCUCCAUGCACGCUCUCUUCUCUUCUCUCGUCUUUCUCUCCAUAGUUUAUCUCUUCUUUAUAUACUUUUCUCUCUCUUUUCUUUACCUACCUUUCUCUCAGGGAAGGGGAGAGAUGUUGAGAUUCCAAAGAUGUGACAUGACUUUUAAACAAUCAUUUGGCUUGUAUAAUUUUAUUCAAGAAAUCGUUCUAACAAAAUAAUUGUUAUUUAAGUGGUACAUUUUCUUUUUUGUAAUUUGAUGUGCUGCAGUUGUGUUUUAAUAACAAGAUAUAUAUAUAUUUUGUUGAGUUGUUGUGUUUGAUUAUGGGGCUAAUUAUUAUCUGUGCCCGCAAAUACCUGCUCGGUUGAAAGACCGUGGCUUUGUAAACUGCCCCUCCCCCUCCAGUUACAAAUCGAGACGAGACAGGCUAAACAUCUGAGGCCUUUUACCAUCAGUGUUGUGCAAAUACUUGUUCUUCUAAAUACAUUCAGGUGUUUGCUUAUGUACGUACGUGCGUGUGUGUGUGUGAGUGUGUGUGUGUGUGUUCUGUGAGUGUGCGUGUGUUCUGUGAGUGUGCGUGUCUGUGUGUGUGUGUCUGUGUGUGUUCACACAUGCGCAUGCAACGCUUCUGUCGACUCUACGAGCAGUUAUAACAUGCCGGUCCUAUAUUGUCUUGGUUCAGUGUGCCUACUGGCCGAAUGAGUUAACUUGUGUGAUGCAGUAGCCUAUUUGUGUGGCUUUUUUGUUUGAUUUAUGGAUUGUUGUUUUUUUUUCUUUUGUUUUUUUUCCUGCUUUUGCUUUCCCCCUCUGGCAGUAAUUUUGAAAGAUUGAAAAAAAAAAAAAAAUAGUAUUAGACCGACCCAACCAAGUUUCAUAAUAAAGCGUCGAGAAAAAUGGCGCUCACAGCCUCUGGCGCUACCUUUUAUUUUACGAGACCCAAUUCAGUGGACUUUGAUUACUUAAACUGGACAAGGGUCUAAGCGUUUCCAUGGUUUCCUUAAUCAACUGUUCUGUAGAUCUGCAUACUGUAAGAAACUGGGCAAGCGUCUUGAGGGUGCAGACGUGUCCGGUUCAUGCCCUACAACAGGACCGUCCUAGUUUUGGAACUACGACUUCAUAUCAGAGGUCAGAUAAAUGAGGACUUGACUCACUCUGGCCAAGAUUAUCACCCCCAACCCCCCCAUGACCUUUAUUUUGCCUUGCUGUCAGAAGGUUGACACAGUGCUGUCUCUACUUGUCUUUUGAAAUAAAAUAAUUGAACGUG